AUGGACGCAGAGAUGGCAUCCUGGAAGUCCACAGGCACCUACGUCGACGAGGUUCCCCCUCCUGGGGCGAACAUCGUCGAUGGCAUGUGGAUUUUCAGGGUGAAGCGGCCGCCAGGUUCUCCGCCUGUCUUCAAGGCUCGUUACGUUGCUAGAGGCUUCAGUCAGCGUCAGGGGGUCGACUUCUUCCAGACCUUCUCCCCCACCCCGAAGAUGACCACUCUUCGGGUUCUGCUGCACGUUGCUGCUCAGCGUGACUACGAGCUUCACUCUCUUGACUUCAGCACAGCGUUCCUGCAGGGCAGCCUGCACGAGGAGAUCUGGCUGCGCCGCCCACCUGGCUUUACUGGGUCGUUUCCCCCUGGUACCCAGUGGAGUCUCCGCCGGCCAGUCUACGGUCUCCGCCAGGCGCCACGUGAGUGGCACGACACACUGAGGACUACUCUUGCGGCUCUUGGGUUCGCGCCGUCUACUGCUGACCCGUCGCUGUUUCUGCGCACAGACACGUCGCUGCCGCCGUUCUACAUUCUCGUGUACGUCGACGACUUGGUCUUUGCUACUGCUGACACUGAGGCACUCGCUCGUGUGAAGUCGGAGCUGCAGAAGAGACACACCUGCACUGACCUGGGUGAACUGCGUAGCUACCUUGGCUUGCAGAUCACCCGGGACAGAGCUCGCCGCACCAUCACCCUGACUCAGUCACACAUGGUGCAGCAGGUCCUUCAGCGCUUCGGCUUCCAGUUCUCCUCACCACAGGCCACACCUCUGGCUACCAGCCACUCGCUCUCAGCUCCACCUUCGGACGAGUCCGUAGAGCCGAGUGGCCCGUACCCAGAGCUUGUAGGCUGCCUCAUGUACCUGAUGACUUGCACGCGACCUGAUCUCGCGUACCCUCUUAGCAUCCUUGCUCGUUACGUUGCGCCUGGGAGACACAGGCGAGAGCACUGGGAGGCUGCUAAGAGGGUGCUGCGUUACCUGUGCAGUACAUCAGGCAUGGGGCUGGUGCUUGGAGGACGCGACAGAGUUGUCCUCACUGGUCACUCGGACGCCUCUUGGGUGGACGACCUGGCUACGCAGCGGUCGUCACAGGGUUACACCUUCAGCCUUGGCUCAGGUUCUGUCUCGUGGCGGUCCACCCGCUCUUCCUCUGUUCUCGGCUCUAGUUGUGAGGCUGAGAUCUACGCCACAGCCAUGGCUGCACAGGAGUUACGCUGGCUCACCUACCUGCUGACUGACUUGGGAGAGCGGCCUAGUUCUCCGCCAGUUCUGUACGGUGACAACAAGGCGGCUCUUGCCUUGUGUCAGGAGCACAGACUGGAGCACAGGACGAAGCACAUUGCUCUUCGCUACUUUCUUGCUCGAGAGCUUCAGCAGCGCGGUCAGCUUCGGCUUGUGUACGUGGACUCGAAGGCCAACACUGCUGAUAUCUUCACCAAGGCGCUCCCGCCUAGUGAUCAUCAGCGGCACUGUACUUCUUUAGGCCUUGUGUCCACGUUUCCUCACUUGCUCACUGCUUGA